AUGAGGGUGUGGCCGGAGGAGGAGCAGGAGGAGGAAGAAGAAGGGCGUGAGAGAGUGGUUGGGUUGGGUUGGGUUAGCACAGCAUUGUCCAGAGAGAAACUGAAUUUUAACGAAAGUUUCGAGGCUGUAAGGAAACGCCUUUGCUUGGUGAAACCUCCUCGUGCAACCCAAGAAAUUAAUUCUUGGGCGGAAAAUGAGACAAGUGGCCUGGUUAAAGACUUUAUCCAUGAGGGGUUGCUAAGCAACUCAGUCAAGUUCGUCAUUACAAAUGCAAUACACUUCAAAGGAGCAUGGAAAGGGAAAUCAUAUAUACCCCGUAUAAGCAGACGUCCUCAAGAAAGGAACGAGAACUUAGAGAUGGAUCCCUCCAUGAGUGCCAAGGGGAAUGCAUUUAAGGAUUUGAAAAUGGUUUAUCAACCACUUAAAAUGCAAAGUAAAUAUGAUUACGAACGAUUCAGCAUGUUAUUCUGUUUCCCAUUGAAAGAUACUGAUCGAGCACGUAUAGAACAUGUUACAGAAACCUUAAAGAAUCUGUGUGGCCACCAGGAGAUCCCAAAAUUUAAUAUUUCUUCCGAGGUGGAAGUUUCUGAGACGCUGAGGGGAGUAGGGGUGACAUUGCCGUCUUCUGGAGGAAAGUGGAAAGGGAUGUUUAGUUCUUUUGGAGUUGGUCGGAAGUUGUAUGUUUCCAGCAUAUUUCAGAAGUCAUUCAUGGAAAUAAUCGAACAGGGGACGGAAGUUGUGUCCGUCACUGCGGCAGUAGUGAUGUCUGGGUGUCCACCAUGUCUACCUCCUGUGCCUACAUUAGAACACAAACAUAUCCACCCACUCCACAUCUAUGAUGGUACUACGGCCAAAACAGACUCCGUGAUUAUUAAUCUCAUCGAUGUUAUCAAAUAG